GUCUCCCAGAUCCCGGCCACCACCAUUAGAAAUCACUUUAGCUGUUCUGCUGUUGCUGCAGAACCACUGUCUGUACUCCGUGCUACCACUGCCAUCCCGGGUCUGCCGUCACGAUAGCGGUCCACGAGUUUCCAAGCCUUGAUUGGAAGCAAACCCCGUCGCCGUGGCCGUCCUGCCCCCUUCCCAUUCGUUUUGCCCCUCCACCCCUCCUCUCUCUCACACGCCCCCUGGCGUACUGUGAGUCUGUGGCACCCCCCUCCUCCCCUCUUGCUGUACAUAUAUCUCUCUUUUUCUGAUACCCCGCCAUUUUUGGAGAGGAUAGUGCGUGUUCCUGAACGCGCAUAUCACCGCCAAACUGUUCUCUUCAACCUUUAGACGAACAAUUCUUCGCUCAAGCGCCACUGGUCUAUCCUUUGCCGCAGCCACCACAUCUCUCAAGAAGAACUCUACGAACCCUGUUGAUUUACAGUCAAGUGCCCGCAAAAUGCACAGCAAGGUUGUCAUCAUUGGCUCUGGGCCUGCUGCCCACACCGCCGCCGUCUACCUGGCGCGCGCUGAGCUGAAGCCCGUCCUGUACGAGGGCUUCAUGGCCAACGGCAUCGCCGCCGGCGGUCAGCUCACCACCACCACCGACGUCGAGAACUUCCCCGGUUUCCCCAAGGGCAUCAUGGGCGGCGAGCUCAUGGACAACAUGAGGGCCCAGUCCGAGCGCUUCGGCACCACAAUCAUCUCCGAGACCGUCGCCAACCUCGACCUCUCCUCCCGCCCCUUCAAGUACUCGACCGAGUUCGAGCCCGAGACCACCCACACCGCCGACGCCGUCAUCCUCGCCACCGGCGCCUCCGCCAAGCGUCUCAACCUUCCCGGCGAGGACAAGUACUGGCAAAACGGCGUCUCCGCCUGCGCCGUGUGCGACGGCGCCGUCCCCAUCUUCCGUGGCAAGCACCUCGUCGUCAUCGGCGGCGGCGACUCGGCCGCCGAGGAGGCCCUCUACCUCACAAAGUACGGCUCCCACGUCACCGUCCUCGUCCGCCGCGACGUCCUCCGCGCCUCGCAGAUCAUGGGCAACCGCCUCAAGGGCCACGAGAAGGUGACGAUCCGCUGGAACUCGGCCGGCAAGGAGAUCAGGGGCGGCGACGACGGCCUCAUGAGCCACCUCGUCGUCAAGGACACCGUCACGGGCGAGGAGGAGACGCUCGAGGCCAACGGCCUCUUCUACGCCAUCGGCCACGAGCCCGCGACCUCGCUCGUCAAGGGACAGCUCGAGACCGACGAGGAGGGCUACGUCGUCACCAAGCCCGGCACGCCGCUGACCAACAUCGAGGGUGUCUUCGCCGCCGGUGACGUCCAGGACAAGAGAUACAGACAGGCCAUCACCAGUGCCGGUACCGGCUGCAUGGCUGCCAUGGACGCCGAGAAGUACCUCGCCGAGCUCGAGGACGGCGACCCCAAGGACCCUUCCAACUGACUAGAUCAUCACCUCUAAAUUCAGAAAGAAAAAAAAGAAGAGUCGUGAAUGGGCUAUUUUGUGAGCCGCAUAAUGAUAUAGAAGAGCCUCUAGACUAGAUAUGCCGGCAAAAAGCACCGAAAAAAUAGACUUUUGAAUUCAAG